CCAGGGAAGUCGCUGUCCUUACCUUCUGCAGGAGCCUGCGCCUCAGUGUCCCCGCCCGCUUGCCCUCCGCUCUGUCUUGUAGCUACCCACUACCCUCUUGCCGCCCACCAUGGCCCUGCUGCACUCCGGUCGCGCCCUCUCCGGGAUCGCCGCCGCCUUCCACCCAGGCUUGGCCGCCGCAGCCUCUGCCAGAGCCAGCUCCUGGUGGGCCCAUGUGGAGAUGGGACCCCCAGAUCCCAUCCUGGGAGUUACAGAAGCCUAUAAGAGAGACACCAACAGCAAAAAGAUGAAUCUAGGAGUUGGUGCCUACCGCGACGACAAUGGAAAGCCUUACGUACUCCCUAGUGUCCGGAAGGCAGAGGCCCAGAUUGCUGCAAAAAAUUUGGACAAGGAAUACCUGCCCAUUGGGGGACUGGCUGAAUUUUGUAAGGCAUCUGCAGAACUAGCCCUGGGUGAGAACAGUGAAGUGUUGAAAAGUGGCCGGUUUGUCACUGUGCAGACCAUUUCUGGAACUGGGGCCUUAAGGAUCGGAGCCAGUUUUCUGCAAAGAUUUUUUAAGUUCAGCCGAGAUGUCUUUCUGCCCAAACCAUCCUGGGGAAAUCACACGCCCAUCUUCAGGGAUGCUGGCAUGCAGCUACAAAGUUAUCGAUACUAUGACCCCAAAACUUGUGGUUUUGACUUCACAGGCACUAUAGAGGACAUUUCAAAAAUGCCAGAGCAAAGUGUUAUUCUCCUGCAUGCUUGUGCUCACAAUCCCACAGGAGUGGACCCUCGUCCAGAGCAGUGGAAGGAAAUGGCAACAGUGGUGAAGAAAAAGAAUCUCUUUGCAUUCUUUGACAUGGCCUACCAAGGCUUUGCCAGCGGGGAUGGUGACAAGGAUGCCUGGGCUGUGCGCCACUUCAUCGAACAGGGCAUUAACGUUUGUCUCUGCCAAUCGUACGCCAAGAACAUGGGCUUAUAUGGUGAGCGUGUGGGAGCUUUCACUAUGAUCUGCAAAGAUGCGGAUGAAGCCAAAAGGGUAGAGUCACAGUUGAAGAUCUUGAUCCGUCCCAUGUAUUCCAACCCUCCUCUCAAUGGGGCCCGGAUUGCCUCUACCAUCCUGACCACUCCGGAUUUGCGAAAACAAUGGUUGCAUGAAGUGAAAGGCAUGGCCGACCGCAUCAUUGGCAUGCGGACUCAGCUGGUCUCCAACCUCAAGAAGGAGGGCUCCUCCCAAAACUGGCAACACAUCACUGAUCAGAUUGGCAUGUUUUGCUUCACAGGGCUAAAGCCUGAACAGGUAGAACGGCUGAUCAAUGAGUUCUCCAUCUACAUGACAAAGGAUGGCCGCAUCUCUGUGGCAGGGGUCACCUCAGGCAACGUAGGCUACCUUGCCCACGCCAUCCAUCAGGUCACCAAGUAAUUUCCUGGUGCAAGGGAACAGAGACAACCUGUCUUCAGCCUCUGCUAAUGUGAGAUUCACACAGAGGAUGAGGGAGGGUGGAUGGUGGUGAAUGGAUCAUCUCUUCCAACCACAGUGCAUAACACUCAGUGAUCGAACGUCUUUCUCAGAAAAGAACUUGUAGUAAAAUAGGGCAGAGGCAUCCCUGGCUGGUGUCUGGAACUUUUAACUCUAAACCAAACUUUCCUCCAUCCUUUUAUCUCCACCUUUUCCAAAGGAGUUUACAUGUGCAAGAAAAUCACAGCACCAAAAAACCUGUCAAUCACACCACUGCAAUAUUUCAAAAGCUUUAACUGAAGCAUCUUACGUGUUCAGUGUUCCUUAUGAGAAACAGCACAUACUAGAGCUUUGAGAGAAGACCUAGUUCUCUCAUUAACAGUCGACCUCAUGUUUGUCCUUCCAUGAUGGAGCCACCAUACGAACAGACCAAAUUGCAGAAACUGUUUUAUGAAAACCAGUGGUCUGCUGCCACUGCAGCAAGGAAAAUAAAAGAUGCUUUUUCCUGUCCUAUUUAAGAAAAAGAAAAAGAAGGCUCUUUCUUCUCUCUUAUCAUUGCUGUUCUUUUCUUAGGCACAAAGAUCUUUAACUAGCCUAGAUUUUUCAUCCCAUUCUACUACUUGGUUGACCAUCAACUGCAUCCUAUCAGGAUUUAUUUAAGAAUGAAGAACAUAAUUUUCUGCUCAUGCCAUACCCUCGCCUUUCUUGGCAAAGACUAGUAGAGUAGGUAACUGCAUUUUAUUUCAGCAUCCUCUUCAGUGAUUGUGUAAUUGUCCCCUGUCACGAUGUUUCCUCUGCCCAGUUGGACCUCUCCCUUCAUUCAGUGUAGUAGUGCAGUCACUCAUGUCACAUCAUGAGUCAGGCAAUGCAAGGUAGUUCCAGGAAAGAGGAUUUCUGGGCUUGCGUGCUGCCAGCGGGCUCAGGCUUCACCCGUUGGAAAGAUCCACCAUCUGCUCUAAUCAUGUAGAUUUAUUGCAGCCUGGUUUCUCUGUUACAAUAAAAUUACUGUAGAUCCAA